GGCGGAGUCUGGCGGGCUCCUGCGCCAUAAAAGCCGCUGCGCGCCCCCGACCUGGCUUGCUCGCAGCGCGCCGCCUGCCCCUUCCUCCUUUCACGAUCCAGUCCGUGCGCCCAACCAGUCUCGCCAUGGCCGCGCUCACCCGGAGCCCGCAGUUCCAGAACCUGCAGGAAUGGCACCGUGGGCACGUCUCUGAGCUCAACCUGCGCAGCCUUUUCGACGGGGACAAGGAACGUUUCAACCGCUUCAGCUUGAAUCUCAACACCAACCAUGGGCACAUUCUGGUGGAUUACUCCAAGAACCUUGUGACAGACAAUGUGAUGCAGAUGCUGGUGGAGCUGGCCAAGGCCAGGGGAGUGGAGGCUGCCCGGGAUCGCAUGUUCAGUGGCCAGAAGAUCAACUUCACUGAGGACCGGGCAGUGCUGCACGUGGCCCUUCGGAACCGGUCAAACAGCCCCAUUCUAGUGGACGGCAAGGAUGUGAUGCCGGAAGUUAACCGGGUCCUGGAGAAAAUGAAGACUUUCUGCCAGCAUGUCCGAAGUGGCAACUGGAAGGGAUAUUCGGGCAAGGCCAUCACGGACGUCAUCAACAUUGGCAUUGGCGGCUCCGACCUGGGACCCCUCAUGGUAACAGAAGCCCUUAAGCCAUACUCCUCAGGAGGCCCCCGGGUCUGGUUUGUCUCCAACAUCGACGGGACCCACAUUUCCAAAACACUGAGUGCACUGAACCCUGAGACUUCCCUGUUCAUUAUCGCCUCCAAGACCUUCACGACCCAGGAGACCAUCACAAAUGCAGAGACGGCCAAGGAAUGGUUUCUCCAGUCAGCCAAGGAUCCCUCUGCAGUUGCGAAGCACUUUGUUGCCCUAUCUACCAACACGACCAAAGUGAAGGAGUUUGGAAUUGACCCACAAAACAUGUUCGAGUUCUGGGAUUGGGUAGGAGGCCGCUACUCGCUGUGGUCAGCCAUCGGACUCUCCAUUGCCCUGCAUGUGGGAUUUGACAACUUCGAGCAGCUUCUCUCAGGGGCUCACUGGAUGGACAAUCACUUCCGAACAGCACCCCUGGAGAAGAACGCCCCCGUCCUCCUGGCUCUGCUGGGCAUCUGGUACAUCAACUGCUUUGGCUGUGAGACGCAUGCCAUGCUGCCCUACGACCAGUACAUGCACCGCUUUGCAGCCUACUUCCAGCAGGGUGACAUGGAGUCCAAUGGGAAGUAUAUCACCAAGUCCGGCAGCCGUGUGGAUCACCAGACAGGCCCCAUCGUGUGGGGGGAGCCAGGGACCAAUGGCCAGCAUGCCUUCUACCAACUCAUCCACCAGGGCACCAAGAUCAUCCCCUGUGACUUCCUCAUCCCAGUCCAGACUCAACACCCCAUAAGGAAGGGUUUGCAUCAUAAGAUCCUCCUGGCUAACUUCCUGGCUCAGACCGAGGCCCUGAUGAAGGGAAAGACACCAGAAGAGGCCCGGAAAGAGCUGCAGGCUGCAGGCAAGACCGGCGAGGAGCUGGAGAAGCUGUUGCCGCACAAGGUGUUUGAAGGAAAUCGCCCAACCAACUCUAUUGUGUUCACCAAGCUCACACCAUUCAUCCUCGGAGCCUUGAUUGCAAUGUAUGAGCACAAGAUCUUCGUUCAGGGCGUCCUCUGGGAUAUCAACAGCUUCGACCAGUGGGGAGUGGAGUUGGGAAAGCAACUGGCUAAGAAAAUCGAACCUGAGCUGGAUGGGAACAGUCCAGUGACCUCUCAUGAUUCUUCCACCAAUGGACUAAUCAACUUCAUUAAGAAGGAACGUGAGGCCAAAAGCUAAUAAACUCAUGCUCAGCGGCAA